AUGGAUAAAUCUAAUAAAGUUUUUUAUACCUGUUCGAAAUAUCGUCACAAAAAUACAGAAAGAGGGAUUGGAUUGUUUAUUCCAAAGUCUACUAGGACUAGACAUCAUAAACAAAAUGAUGAAAAUUCAUCAGUCUUAGACUCUAUUUUGAGUUCCAGUUCUGAAACAGCUUCAAUUUUAAAUCUUUCAGAUGUUUGUACUAGUUCUAAAACAUCUUUGAGUUUAUCUGACAGGGCAGAAAACUUAUCCGUUGACGAAGGUUAUAUUGAUGAAGGAUCGACUAUACAAGAUAUUGAUGAUAGUUAG